UAAGGCUAAGGCCACACCAGUCUCGAUUGUGCCAGUCUCCGAAAAAGAACUAGAAUUCGCCGCUUGAAAGCAACUUACCAGAAUGACUAAUCGUCAAAUGUUAAUAGCAGUUCUUUCGCUUUUUGUUCUACAAGCCCAAUUCGUGUUGCCUAGUCCUACUGAUUCACGUCUGGUAAAGCGUCAAAGUUUGCAGUCGGAUUCUACACUCUUCUUAGAUUCCGUGGGCGAUUUGGUAAUUGGAGUGAUAAACACGGGCCUCCGGAGCGUUGCGGCCUUGAUUACAUCCGGAAACGAAGCGACUCAAAAAAUGGCCGUGGCAGUUGGAUCGGCGGCUCUUCCACCACUUUUGAAUGUCACACGCGCUUUUACUCGCGUUCAGCAAUCUUCCACGCGUCUUUUCAAUAAUACGCAGUCUGUCGUACCGGAGCCGGGAACUUUACGUGACGUAACACGACGUAUUGCCCAAGGCAUUCAGCCGGCCAUCGGGCUUGUCGGGCAGUCUGUCAACAGCACAUUUCGAAGAACAUCUGGUAAUGGGAUCCUCGGCGCUUUCGGUGGAUCAUCUAACACCACAAGAGUCAACCCCAACGACAGCGAGAUCCCACCGGAAGGUUUCGAAGAUUUCUAGAUCAAUUAAGUCCUAAACAUUUGAAACCUUGUAACUCGAACCUAUGAAGUGUUGCAAAAAUCCGCUGGCGUGUUUUAUUUCCCUGUAUCAAAGUUAACAAAACAACUUUCGAAGAUUUAAAUAAGUUCAACAAUUUUUUCAAGCUGUUUACGUUUCUUUUGUUGGCAUGACGUGGCAUUUCCUGGAAUUUUCGAUUUCACAAUACAAGCCGUUGGCAAAUCACAACACCAAUAAA